AUGGAUAAUUUCGAAUUAAUCGUUUUCUUAACUCAACGAGUUUGUACAAUUCUAGCUUUUUUGAUCCACUUCCCUCUCACGUUACUUAUUCUCUACAAGUCACCAAGUAGUUUCGGUGCUUACAAAUACUUGCUCACUUAUAUAUCAAUCUUUGAGUUAGUGUAUGCUGUGUUAGAUGUUCUUGUAUCACCACAACUAUACACACAUAAAUCUGCAUUCAUGUUGGUUUUGGAUUCAAAUAAAACAUUUUUACCUUUCUGGACACUUUACCCAAUUGAUUUAUUAUUUUGUGGAAUGCUUGGAUGUUCAAUGGCUAUUUUUACCAUUAAUUUCAUUUAUCGAUAUUUGGUUAUGAAAGGAAGCGAGCUUCUCAAAUCCUUCGAGUCUUCCAAACUGUUUAUUUGGAUUGCUUCUCCAAUGGUUUACAGUGCCAUUUGGAUGUUUAUCACUGAAAUGACAUUACAAGGGAAUCCGGAUACUGAUAAGUUAUUAGAAGACACUUUUCUUAAAAAACAAAAAAUAAGUCUGUCUGAAGUUGUGUACAUUGGACCAAAUUAUUAUCCUGAAGAAGGCGUUAUUGAUUGGAUUCCAAUUAUUGGAAUGAUUUCUUUGACACUAAUGAUUUUUGUCUCAGUAUAUUCAAUUAUUUAUUUCGCAGUCAAUUCAUACGUUGCAAUGAAUAAAUUGGUAUUAACUUCUGUAAACUCUCAACGAUAUAAAGCUAAUCAAACUGAACUUCUCAAUGCAUUAGUCAUUCAAGCAAUAAUUCCAUUUGCUCUUAUGCAUUUUCCUGCUUCCAUUGUAUUCAUAACUCCAUUUUUCAACUGUGGAAAUCAAACAUUUGCUAGAAUAUUCAGUGUUACAGUUGCUCUUUAUCCAGUUUUAGAUCCUCUACCAACUAUUUUCGUCGUCAAAUGCUAUCGAAAAGCGGUGAUUAAAUACUUAAAUAUUUUAUUUUCAUUUUGCUCCAAUCAACCAACAAUAGUUACUGAACAACAUUCUUCAACUUCAUAUAAAUGUCCAGCAAUUACUGCUUGA